CGGGCCCGCGAGGUCCACUGGCUGGGGUCGCAGUGCCUAAGGCAUUCGCGCAAUUGGCACAGCCCCGGGGCUCCCACGCACUUUUCCUGGGUUCUGGACCUCUUAGCCUUCGGGCUAGGAGUCCAAUCAUGGGUUUCCCCCGCGCGUAAUCAAGAGGUUCAUAAAGAUGCUGUGGCCCAUUUAAAAACAAAGCCCAAUUAUUAGCGCUCAGGGACUGUUUCUGCCGGCCCAGGCGCAGGUCCGCCAGCGCUGAGGACAAGCAGCGCUCUGAGGAGGCUUGGUCGGAACCGUUCACAGCCCUCAAAACUGUUUGGAGAUCACCCCGCCCCGCCCACGCCCAACGCGUUCCUUCCCGGGUUGCAGCGCUCAGGCAACCCGCUGAGCUCCGUCCGUCACCUAAUGGGUGAAAUGGGGUCUGCUGCGCGCAUAUUACCGAGGCCGCAGCGCUGUCCUCCAGCGCUAGUCUCCUGAACCCCGCCUUCCCGCCAUGCUCGCUCGCUCGGCCCCGGAGCGCCCCGGCUGCACGCGCGGCACUGGCUCUAAAGUGCGUCACGGGCAUCAGCGAGCGGAUCUGCCCGGCAGGGUGAGACUGGCACGGGGCCAGCACAGGCCGGGCCACAGGAGUGCAGGGCCGUCUCCCAGGCUGGGACCGGGGCGUGGAAGGCGCUCAAGUUGCGCAGGCGGGGAGCGCUGCUGGGGGCGCCCUCCCGGCCAGGCCGCGCGCCGGCGACAGCCCUUUUCAGCUGCCCAGAGCGCGAAGGCUACGUUUUCUCCACCGCCCCCUUCGCUUCUUUCUGCGCAGCGACCGCGGAGAUUUCCUCCCCGGGAAACUACGCGGAUUCUUCCCGGGUCUCCUCGCCCCGCCCCAGGUCUCCGACCCCUCCCUUUUGUUGGGGAUCCUGGGCUGGGUAGAGUCGGGAAGGAGGCUCUAGUAGCUUGGGCCAAGAGGCGGCCGGGGUCUCCGCUGGCCAGGAACUCUGCCCGCCAUGUGACACGGUCCUCCCCGCCGCGAUCCCCCACCAGUCCCACCGCGCCGCUCACCAUGCUCCUGCCCGGACACGCGCGCGCGGCGCUCGCGUCCCAGCCCGCGCAGCAUCCCGGCCUCCGCAGGCAAGUGGAGCCGCCGGGACAACUCCUGCGCCUCUUCUAUUGCACUGUGCUGGUCUGCUCUAAAGAGAUCGCUGCACUCACCGACUUCUCUGGUUACCUAACCAAACUCCUGCAAAACCACACCGCCUAUGCCUGUGAUGGGGACCAUUUGACUCUCCAGUGCCCUCGGCAUUCUACGAUAAGUGUCCAAUCAGCAUUUUAUGGGCAAGAUUACCAAAUGUGUACUUCCCAGCAGCCUGACUCCCAGAGGGAAGACAGCUUAAACUGUGUGGCACCUACCACCUUGCAGAAGGUGCUGGACGAGUGCCAGAACCAGCGGGCCUGCCACCUCCUGGUCAAUAGCCGUGUCUUUGGACCUGACCUUUGUCCAGGAAGCAGUAAAUACCUCCUGGUCUCCUUUAAAUGCCAACCUAAUGAAUUAAAAAACAAAACUGUGUGCGAGGACCAUGAGCUGAAGCUGCACUGCCAUGAGUCCAAGUUGCUCAACAUCUACUCUGCGACCUACGGCAGGAAGACGCGGGAGAGGGAUGUGUGCUCCUCGGAAGCAGAGCGGCUGCCCCCCUUUGACUGCUUGUCUUACUCAGCUUUACAAGUACUGUCCAGAAGGUGCUAUGGGAGGCAGAGAUGCAAAGUCCUUGUCAACAAUUCCCACUUCGGAAGCCCCUGUCUGCCAGGAGUGAAAAAAUACCUCACUGUCACCUAUGCGUGUGUUCCCAAGAGCAUACUCACAGCGAUUGAUCCAGCCAUUGGUGACCUGAAGCCUACUGUGUCACAGGAACCUGUUGAACAUGGUAUAAACUUUAACCCAAGUGAGUCAGAAGUUCUGCGAAAAGAUGGAGUUAUUGUGAGCAACUCCCUGGCAGCGUUCGCUUACAUUAGAGAGGUCCCUGGCCCCAGCUGCUGCCUGGUUCCUUCCGAUGUUAGUCAAGCUCCGAGAGGUGAGACCUUUGCUUGGCUCCUGAGCGUCUCGUCUGGACACAAAUAAAUUUGAGCAGCAUUGUGCUGGCCACAGGACCCAGAUCGAAGUGUUGAAAGAGGCCUUAAGGACCACUGGCUGAGGGGCCCAAGAGCAAAUUACAGAUGACAAAAUGCAAGCUAUUCCAUCCAGCUCGUGAAGAACAUGGUUAAUUUAGAACAUUACCAACAAAAACAGUAUGAAGAGAUGAUUCAAUAUCAACCACAUUAUUAAUUCAGUGUAUGUAAAAGAGGCCCAAAUGAUCCCAGAAGGCAGAUGAAAUGUUUUUAUGUAAAGCCUGGGUCUAUAUGAGAAGCUCCAGCCUGGACCUGGGGCCCCAACCAAUGGUGGCUUUGGACCAGUGACUUAGUUGCAGUAGGACAGGUUGGGCCAGUUCAUCUCCAAGAUCCCUUCUGACUACCACUCAGGGAUUGUGUGGAUCCCUGAUGGAUUUAAACUGAUGGAUUCAGGUGGAUAGGAAGCCUGAUUCUACCUUGUCAAGAGUUUCCUGUGCUCCCCUUUGGCCACUGGGUCUUGGAGGGUUGGUGUGGGUGAGUCCUGGAGAGGAAGGAUGUGGCAGAAGUAUACCUGAGCCGUGAGGGAGCAGGGUCCUAGGAAUGAGAAGCUGUGUGGGCAGCAGGGCCCAGUACCUCCUCCCUGGAGAAGAGGAAGAGAGAACCUGGCUCUGUGGAGCCCCAUCCACAGGACACCACACCUAGUGCUUUACCCCAGGACCCCUCCCUAGACUAGGGCAGGUAGAGGUGUGGUGGGCCAGCUGAGGCAGGAGAAAGAGCAUUCCAGGCUGAAAUAAGAGUGUGUGCAAAUGCACCAAAGGGGGAGUCCUCCAGCACACAAGAGGCCUGGACCAUGCGCCAGAGCAGAUGACAGGAAGUCUCAUGGGAGAUGGAGUGUGGCAAGCCUGUGUCAUUGCAAGCAUUGCAGGCUGUGGCCAGGACUUAACUUUGAGUUUGCUAGAGGAGGGAGACAAUUUACAGGUUUUAAGUCAGACAAGUAUAAGAGCAGACGUGUGCUUUUGGAAAGGUAGAGAGUGGCCACAUGGGAAGGUGAGUGACAGGGACAAAGCAGGAGACUGGAAACCAGUUGUCAUCUGGGAGAUGAGAACAGUGCUCAUCAUUGUAUUUGUUCAGACAAAUUCACUCGGUUAAAAGACAAUGCAAUAGAGGUGAAAAUGCAAGCCACUCAUGAAGAACCAGUAGCAGUAAACUGUAAAAACAUUAUUAUUGAGAAUAUAUAGAAUAUUUGUGUAUUUUUUGUACAUAAGAGGGAACUUCAGACCACGCAACAGAAACGCCAAGUGUACAAGUGACACACACUAGCAUUGUAAGAAGAGGAAUUACCGACACAUGUGCAUCUGGGAAAUGCAGGUCAAAAUCAUAGCAAGCUACAGUUGUACACCAAUGUGACUGAAAAAUUAAAAGUCUGUCCCAACAAGCGCUGGGGAAGAGGAGGAUUCAAGGACUUCUCACACACCACAGCCAUUUGGGAACCACUGGGGAAGAAUUUUCUAAAAUUGAAAUCCAUGGACGCUGAAGCCCAUCUGGUUGCCUCCUAGGGCAGUACCGGAGAGAAAUGUUCUCAGAUGUCCACCAGGGACACUGACAAGAAUGUCCGUGUAUCCACAGGGGCAGAAGCCUGGCGGCAAACCAGGUGCCCACCUGCAGGAGAGAGUGCUGUACAACUAUACAACUGUCCAAGAAAUGGAAUUUUAUACGAUAUGUAAUAUGUACACAUUACAUAUUACAAUUUUGGUCCCUCCUAUGUAAUAUGAUAGCAAGGAAAAGCAACUCCAAGUCCCAAACAUUCUCUGUAACAUUAUACUCUUACACAGUUGCUAAGGAUACACAAAGAUGAAAAAAUAUAUUUAAAAAAAGCAGAGAGUAAUGAAUGUGGGAUUCAGGUUGCUUAGAUAGGUUUUAUGGUUUGGAUUAAAAAUGUCCCCCAAAGGGACUAUGUACUUAGAGAUGGGGCUUUUUCAGGGUGGGGUGAUUGA